CUGUGGAUCAAUCGGUCACAUUUAGCCGAGAUGUAAUUUUGGAUCAUGCAGGGUAACAGCACAAUUACCAGGAGAAUCUCGUGUUGAGGAGGAAGAGGAGGUGGAGGAGAAGGCGAAGGAGGAGGGAGGUGUCAUGGGAUGAGUCAGUUAGAGAUAAAGGAGUUUAAUCUGUGGUUUUAAUAUAAAAAAAACAAAACAGUGAUGAUAUUGGCUGUUUGCUCAUUUGACCCCUAAAAAACUGAUAUCACAGGAUGUGUGUUUACUUCCUUUGCCAUUCAUGAAAUGUUUUAUCCUCAUUCUGCAAGUGUGAGUUUCUAAUUCAUUAUCCUAUCCCCCCCACUUCAUAGAGAUAGAAAUAGGUAUGCCCCAAAAUGGAUUCUCAGUUGGCUUCAGUCCUGACCAGUGGCAGUCUGGAUGCCCAAAAUGGCAGCCGGUGUGCAGGGGGACCAGAGGCAGUGACAGGCGGCUGCUUGGACUCAGAGGACAAAACGUCCCUCGGUACUGUACCAGGUAACCUCCAGCCAUGCCCCGUCACAGCAGCGGUGACCAUCAUCACACAGGAUGCUCCUCCAGUCAAUGGGAGAAAGCCAGAGGGGGGCGGGAACUCCAAGCCAGCCUCUCAGGAAACAACUAAGAUUGGUGGGCUCAGGCAGCCAAUUACAGUCAAGACCGGAGUGCCUGCUCUGCGGAGCCAGCCAAUCAGGAUCCGAAUUGUCGUCCCCCCACGGUGCGAGAGGCCAAUCACGAACUCUGCCAUCAGCCAGACCAAAGACUUUGCUCGCAGACACUUCAGGAGGCCUGUUCUGGCCUCAUCAGGAGCAGGGAGACACAGAGGAGAAAUACGAAUACCUGCCGUCAAACAUGGAGCUGGACUCAAGGAAGGUGCUCGUCAAAAGGCAGAGGAACCUGAGGAAGAAUCAUUCCACAAGACGGAAGCCAAGGGAGGGAAUAAAAUGUGCAGAGAGGGAGAUGUUUUGGAUUUGUCCGAAGCUCUGAUAGAUAAAACACAGAGUUGGAAGAUGAUUAAAGAGGAAACUACAGAGGGAGAAAUUGAGAGAAAUAUUCCGCUGAUUUUGAAAGAAAUGCACUUGGAGACGUAUGAGACGUUCUGCGAGGUGGGAAUGGAAGAACAGACGGAACCACUUGACCUGAGUUUACCCAAGAAAAGAGAGUUUCUUCAGAGGAGGUGUGGGGGCUGUCUGGAUGACUCUGGCUGUGAGACCUCGCUGGUCAUGGAGGUAGAUGAAUACGAGGGAGAUGGAGACAGAGACGUAGUAGAAGAGGACGAUAACGACACAGAGACACUUGAAGACUCUCUGCUGUCUCCCUAUUUCUUUUCUACCUCUGUCUUUACCUCCCUCUCCUCGAUCGACUGUGACACUGACGACCUUCUUCUCAUAGACGACCAGGGAAUCCCGUAUACUCUCAGUCCGGACGGAGUGAAAGUGCCGCAGGUCGAUGCUUCCACGCCGGAGGAUCCCAGCUCGGAUCGGGCUCGUUCAGCGGAGACGGAAGGAGAGGAGUCGUUGGCGUUAGAAGAGCCGAGCCUCAGCCAAAGUUUAGAUAAUGCACUUUCUGAUAUGGCCCCUGAAACCGAGUCACCGUCACUUGGUGCUGAUCCGACAAACGCUCCAGACGCCCUCACGAGUUUGAUUCUGACCUCAGAUCCCUCACAGGCCUCAGAGUCAAACAUUAAAGCGGUCCAGGAGGCCAAUGCUGCUCUGUCCCCUCCUGCUGGGAUUUCAGUUCCCAGUCAGCCCAUCCAGAUCCUCACUAACCCUUCCACCAAUGCUCCCAUCCUCCUCCUUUCCUCCUCUUCCUCUCCUCAGCUCUCCUCCACUCCCUUGGGUCUCUCGCUUCCACUCUCCGUCGCUCAGACCUCACCCGGUGCUUCCACCCCCAUGUUCCUUCUCCUCUCCUCUGUGCCCUCCUUCUCCGGCGACUCUACCUCCACCCCCAUCGCUGUGCUGGACCCCUCGACGGGUCAGCUGUCUCAGAUCACUGCAGCAUCAGCGCCGGUCUCCCUCCCGCUGUCCUGUGGUCAGGUCGGCUCACUGGGGUCCCCUCUGCCCACGUUGUCCCACCCUGUCAUUAGACUGGGCGCCGGUGACCUCCCUGUCGUCCUGUCAGGAGUGACUAAUGUAAACUCUGGGUCGGCCCUUGCUGCCCAUUCGUCCGCUCCUGCUCCCCAGAGUGACCACAACAGCCCGGCCCCCCCUCUCCACGCUGAGACCACCUCCACUGACCCAAACCCUGGAACUGAAGCCAUAUCUGCCGAAGGAAUCUCAAAUGAAAACGACAAGCCAUCAACUUUUGCAGAAGCCUCUCCUCACCUGCCGUCUGCCAAUAUGACCUUUGACCCCUCAGCUCUGCCCAGCUCCGAGGCAGACGCUCAAUCCCCGGCCUCGGAGUCCAGAUUCGACCCCUGCGACCUGCACUCAGAACAUUUACCUCUGGACGACCACCUCUACUUCUCAAACAUGGCCGCUCCUCCCUCCCCGCCCAUCGGACCCAUACUCCCCACGGAUACGCUCGACCUGCUGGAUCCUCUCUCUCCAGCGGCGUCGCCCAACUCUCUGGCGGCCCGUAGGGUGUUGUACUGCCAGCUGUGCCCGCGGGUCUUCUUUUACCUCUCCGACCUGGAGCGCCACGCCAUCACGCACUCGCAGAAGAAGCCUCACGUUUGCCAGCAGUGCGGCAAAGCCUUCAAACGCUCCAGCCAUCUGCAGAGACACAAGCACAUUCACACAGGCCAGAGGAACUUUGUGUGCCCCAUCUGUGCCAAACGCUUCAGGGAGGCCGGCGAGCUCCAGCGCCACCAACGGGUCCACACUGGGGAGAAACCCUACCAGUGCCAACUCUGCCACACGCGCUUCGCCGAGCGCAACACGCUGCGGCGGCACACCAAGCGCAAACACCCUUACCACCAAGUAGCCAUGGAGAUGCUGAACGAGAGAAGGGACAUGGGCGGCGGUGGAGUUGCCGGAGUGCAGGAGGACGAGGAGAGCGCCGAGUGGUACAGCUCCACCGUGUCCAACUUGGAGAACUCCGAGUCUGAAAUGGAAACUUAAAGACACUAAACUUUCCUUAUCUAUUUACUUUCAAAGACAGAAGCACUAACAAUAUUUAUUUCAACGUUUUUUUAAUAGUUAUUUAUUUAUAUGAAUGUAUAUUAUUCCUAUUCCAUUUAAUGGGCCAAAAAAACGCAGCUUUCAAAGUCAUACCUGAUUUUGAUUUAACAUGAAAAAAAGUUGCAUAUAUAAAAAAAGGGAAGGCUCAUGCUUAAAGUCAUAGUUUUUAUGUGAGUUAAAAAGAGGAAUUAGUUUGCUCACGGGCCUCCUUGAAGUUGCAUUCCCAUUCAAUCCACGAUGAAACCCUGAAGUGCUAAGAGAAGAAGGGUAACUUAUUUACUCCCUAAACUAUUAUCUGCUCUACGUGUAAAUACAAUACAAAGAGAUCUAUUUGUAAGAGCUGCACUAUCUUAUGUGAGAGAUGUAAUCUAUCUUUCUUACCGUCAGAGACACUGUGAGUCAUUUGCACUUGAUUUAUUGGAACUCAGCAUUCACUUGUUUUUUUUAUUUCUUUGUGGAGGAAGAUGCUUUUCUCUUGUGUUGAUGUAUUUAAUCCAUAUCAAGUAAGAGUCUGACCAAAUGUUUGCGUUAUUCCAACAUAAACACUAUAUUCAGAUUUGUUUGUUUUAUGUGAAUUCUGUUUAAUUUAUUUGAAUUAAAUUUUGACUGUAAACUGUCA